AUGGCUGCCUCCCAGAUGUCCCCCGACUCUGCCAACAACACCCCCAAACAGGUGGAAGUGCGUAUGCAUGACAGCCAACUAACCUCAGACGAAGUGCACCCCAGAUCACCAUGCCUAAGAUGUUGCGACAAGAUCCGAGGAAACCUCUUGCUUUCCCUCACAGUAUUUGGUGUCAUCAUGGGAGCAGUUUGUGGGGGUCUCCUUCGGCUGGCAUCUCCCAUCCAUCCUGACAUUAUCAUGGUCAUUGCCUUCCCAGGAGACAUUCUCAUGAGGAUGCUGAAGAUGUUGAUUCUUCCUUUAAUCAUCUCCAGUUUAAUCACUGGUUUGGCCGGUUUGGAUGCAAAAUCGAGUGGACGUCUUGGCACCAGGGCAAUGGUAUAUUACAUGUCUACCACCAUUAUAGCCGCCGUCUUGGGAGUCAUCCUCGUGUUGGCCAUACAUCCUGGAGACCCCAAGCUUAAAAAGCAACUUGGAAAGGGACAGGAAAACGACGAGGUCUCAAGUUUAGAUGCUUUCUUGGAUCUGAUCAGAAAUCUGUUUCCUGAUAACCUGGUGCAAGCUUGUUUCCAGCAGAUUCAGACUGUUACCAAGAAGGUUGUUGUGGAAGAUCCCACUGAGGAGCCUACCAAUGUGACCGAUUCAUUCUUCUCGCUCAUAAACGACACAGUCCCCAAAACGACGGAGGAAAUUAAAAAAAAAUUGGAGUAUAAAGAUGGAAUGAACGUCUUAGGUGUAAUUGGCUUUUUCAUUGCAUUCGGCAUUGCCAUGGGCAAAAUGGGAGAACAGGCCAGGCUGAUGGUGGAAUUCUUCAAUAUCUUGAACGAGAUUGUGAUGAAACUUGUGACAAUGAUAAUGUGGUAUUCUCCCCUCGGUAUUGCAUGUUUGAUCUGUGGAAAAAUCAUCGCCAUCAAAGACUUGGAGCUUGUUGCUAGGCAACUGGGAAUGUACAUGAUCACCGUCAUUGUGGGCCUCAUUAUCCAUGGAGGCAUUUUCCUGCCGUCUCUGUACUUCGUGAUUACCAGGAAAAGUCCAUUCCCCUUUCUGGCUGGGAUUUUUCAGGCUUGGAUCACAGCUCUUGGUACAGCUUCCAGUGCCGGAACAUUGCCCGUCACCUUCCGUUGUCUGGAGGAAAACCUGGGUAUUGACAAAAGAGUAACUCGAUUUGUGCUCCCGGUUGGGGCCACAAUCAACAUGGACGGAACUGCUCUGUACGAGGCUGUGGCGGCCAUUUUUAUUGCCCAGAUGAACGGCGUGGUAUUGGACGGAGGACAGAUUGUAACAGUAAGCUUGACAGCCACAUUGGCCAGUGUUGGAGCUGCCAGUAUCCCUAGUGCAGGGCUGGUUACCAUGCUUCUGAUCUUGACCGCUGUGGGGUUGCCUACCCAGGACAUCAGUCUACUUGUUGCUGUCGACUGGCUUCUGGACCGUAUGAGGACUUCCGUCAAUGUGGUUGGUGAUUCCUUCGGUGCCGGCAUAGUCUAUCAUCUAUCCAAAGCAGAGCUAGAGAGUCUGGAUAAGCAGCACGCACAACAGCAGGAGCUAGAAAUGACCAAGACUCAGUCCAUCUACGACGACAUGAAAAACCACCGAGAGAACAACUCGAACCAAUGCAUUUACGCAGCGCACAAUUCUGUUGUAGUCGACGACUGCAAGGUGACGCUGGCAAAUAACGGCAAAACGGCAGACUUCAAUGCUGUAGUCGAAGAACCUCUGGAAGCGUAAGGGUGAGGAAACCCCACCGCCACAGCCUGUCUUCAAGAAGAGCGUUAGCGUACAGUAUGAUACAGUAUGAUCUGAUGAAUCUCAUUACAUCCAUAGCUACCCAGCACAACAUUUACAGUCAUAGCACAGAAAACCUUUUUUGGGGGCAUCCGAAUAUGCAAAAUGGGCAAAACCAGGCCAGUGACUGAUUUGGUCUUGGGGUGUCGAGAAUGUUUGAAUGAGCUCACACCUCAUUGUAAGGACUCAGGUAUCAAACGUGCAGAAUUUGGGAGGGUUCUGUCUACAGGACAGUGUUCAUUACAUUCCGUUCAAUGGCUGGUCUCCUAUCCAUUCCAUGUCAGGAUCUACGGUCAAUUCAAACACAUGGUAUUACAUAGCGGUGACCAACUUGUUUACACAGCGACCAGUAUCGGGGUCUUGUAUUUUAGUACUGCCUGGUCCUAUCCAUAUACUAUAUCUCAUGAAUCUUAUAUUCCACA